AUUUAGGUACUGAAAGCUGGGUUUGAAAUAGAAUCUUUCACGAGAAAAGUAAAGUAUACUUCUGAUUAGAUCGUUUAGUAUUCUCAUUGCUCUCUCACAAGAAAAUUCACUCACCCAAUCAGAAGCCAAGCGAGCAUCGUAACUUGGAAGUCCGACGAAACAACCAGAAACUACAACUUUCCCAACAGUACAAGAACCACUCCCAACGCCUUCCACACAUCCAUCGUCCCCCUCAAGCCUCUCCCUCUAGUCUCCAAGACUACCAAAAUGUCUGCCGCCGUAGUCAGCGCCGACGACGAGCUGGAACCUACUCUCCAAUCCAUCCUCGACCAGAAAUCGCUUCGAUGGAUCUUCGUAGGAGGUAAAGGAGGAGUGGGAAAGACAACAACCUCUUGUUCCCUUGCCAUCCAACUUGCUCGAGUCCGUCGUUCAAUUCUCCUUAUCUCUACGGACCCCGCACAUAAUCUUUCAGAUGCCUUCUCCCAGAAGUUUGGCAAAGAGGCCAGACUCGUGGAGGGGUACACCAAUUUAAGCGCCAUGGAAAUUGAUCCCAACGGCAGUAUUCAAGACCUCAUCGGUCAGGCUGAGGAAGGGGAGGGUCCUGCUGCUGCUGCGGGUGGUAUGAUGCAGGAUUUGGCUUAUGCGGUAUGUUUUCCUCAUAUCUAGAGUUCUUGGGGAGGUGACUAACUCAAGAUUAUAGAUCCCGGGUAUCGAUGAAGCCAUGUCCUUCGCAGAAGUCCUCAAACAAGUUAAAUCGCUAUCAUACGAGACCAUCAUCUUCGAUACAGCACCCACUGGCCACACGCUCCGCUUUCUUCAAUUCCCCACCGUUCUAGAAAAAGCCCUAGCCAAGGUUUCCGCUCUGUCCUCCCAAUUCGGUCCCAUGUUAAAUGGUAUCCUCGGCGCAAAUGGUGGACUUCCCAACGGCCAAAGUCUACCAGAAAUGAUGGAGAAAUUAGAAGGUUUACGAGAAACCAUCAGCGAAGUAAACGGACAAUUCAAAGACGAGAACCUGACCACAUUCGUCUGUGUCUGCAUACCCGAAUUCCUAUCACUCUACGAAACCGAGCGUAUGAUCCAAGAGCUUGCCAACUACCACAUCGAUACACAUUGUAUUGUUGUCAACCAGCUUUUGUUCCCCAAGGCGGGCAGCGAGUGUGAUCAAUGUAAUGCGCGACGAAAGAUGCAGAAGAAGUAUCUCGGACAGAUUGCAGAGUUAUAUGAGGAUUUCAAUGUGGUCAAGAUGCCGUUGUUGGUGGAGGAGGUACGUGGGAAGGAUAGAUUGGAGAUGUUUAGUGAGAUGCUCAUUAAGCCUUAUGUACCACCAGCGGGCGGUCUGUAA